CUCUCUCUCUCUGUUGGUGGACUCCCAGCUGGCAGGACCUCUGGGUCCUUCUAUUUCUUUUGGGCAUUAUGUGUGCUCCAGGGGCAUUUAGGCUUCGUCAGAACAGAGUAGUUAUUGCCUCUCCAGUGCAACAGGUUGAUUUGAAGCAACACAAUGUACUGCAGGUGGGGGACAAGAAGUUGCAUCCACAGCAUAUCCCUGAUCAUCUUCCACCUUUCCCUGAUACCCACACAUAUUGUUUCUCUCACACAUAUAAGCAGCCAGUGACAGAGUAUGAAGCUAUCAGAGAGAAGGCUGCUGCUCAGAAGAGAGACAUAGAGAGAGCAUUAACUAAAUUUGCUGCUAAAACUAGUGACACUCAGAACCUUUUCUUCACCGAUGAUAAAGAGUUCAUGUUGGUGGCAGUGGCACCUAAAACCCCCAAAGUGGUCAACAACAUUAUCAGUGAACAGGUUGAUGCUCCUAUUCAAAACAGUAAUGUUAGUAUGCCAUUUUUCCACCAGGCUCUGUGUUUGAGCCCAAUGGUAACACAGUUCCUUAACCCUUUCACUGAUAAAGAUAGAUUGGCUGAGGCUCAGGAAGCAGAGUUGGAUAACCCAUAUCUCAGACCAGUGAAGAUGCCUCAGAAGCCAAAAGUGAAAAAAUGA